AUGAGAACUUUUGGCUUGUUUUCAUACCGGCCACACUGGGUCCUCCCUUUAACUCGAGAACACCGACGUAAUCGCCUUGAGUGGUGCAGACAACGGUCACUCUGGGAUCAGGAAUGGAACAGUAUUGUCUUUAGUGACGAGUCUCGAUUUUGUUUAGGCAUGCACGAUGGUGGUGCCAGGGUUAGAAGGCGACGUGGUGAAAGGAGGAAUCCACAGUUUUUUGUUGAAAGACAUGUUCAUCACACUGUUGGAGGUAACAUGAACGCGCAGCGUUAUAUCCACGAAGUUCUAGAACCCCAUCUUUUACCCUAUCUUGACACCCUGGCAGAUCCAACUUUCCAACAAGAUAAUGCCCGACCACAUGUUGCAAGAGUCACAAUAGACUUCUUUCAACAUAAUGAUCACGUGUGGGAUAUGAUGGGUAGGAGAUUGCUCAAUUUGCAACGUCCUCCUCAGACUCUAGAAGCACUUCGAGAGGAGUUGGUGGUUGCCUGGAAUGAGAUACCACAGGAGGACAUUGACCACCUGAUCAGAAGCAUGCUAGGCGCGAAUGAGUUUUGUUUGCAAAAAUGA